CUCUCUCCGCUCCUCGGGAAUUUUUGUAGCUGAACUCGGACGGGAAGACCAGCAAGAAGAUGAAGAAAAGGCCUUUCUCAGUCGUCUGUGAUGCUCAUCUCCGCCACAAAUCAGGGGCAGGAGGUACUCUUUCAUUUCUUUCUCCAAGAAACUCCACCCUUAUUCAAAACCCACAGUCAGCUUCUAGUUCUGCUGCUUCUCAUGCCUAUAGUACUGGUAGUACAGUUAGUAAUCAUCACCCUAAAUCUGACAGUAGUGUUCGUUCCGGGUCUUGGGGAUUGAGGAGUAAUAUCGAUAGUAUCAGCAAUCUUGAUGAAGCUCUGGGCUUUUACAAGCACAUGGCUCGGAUGAGACCUCUGCCUAGUGUUGUUCAUUUCACUCAAUUGCUGGGUCGUAUUGUUAAGAUGAAGCAAUAUUUGGUGGUUCUUUCUCUUUACAGAGAUAUGGCUGAGUUAGGAUGCAUUCCGCUUAAUGAAUACACACUUAAUAUUGUGAUUAACUGUUAUUGCUUCUUGGGUAAAGUGAAUUUUGGGUUUUCUAUAUUUGGUGGCUUCUUCAAGCGAGGUAUUUUGCCCGAUACGGCCACCUUUAAUACUCUGCUUAAAGGACUCUUUUGGGAACACAAAAUUCAUGAGGCACAAGCAUUGUUCAAGAAAAUAAUAUAUGAAAAGCUAUGCAUACCUAAUGAAAUUACGUAUGGGACUGUGAUAGAUGGGCUUUCUAAGGCUGGGAACACUAGCAUGGCCAUUCAAGUCCUUAGAGUCAUGGAAAAAGGAGGAAGGUGCAGGCCUCAUGCUGCUGCUUACAGCACUAUUAUCGACGGGUUGUGCAAGGAUAAAAUGAUGGAUCAAGCUCUCUCCCUUCUACACGAGAUGAUUGAGAAAGGAAUUGCCCCCAAUGUCAUCACUUACACUUGUUUGGUCCAGGGUCUGUGCAAUUUAAGUAAAUGGAAGGACGUUGAAAAGCUCUUUACUGAGAUGAAGGCUUAUAAUAUUGUUCCAAGUGUUGUUACUUUUAAUAUUCUUAUUGAUGCACUAUGUAAGGAAGGACAGUUAGCAGAUGCAGAGCAGGUUUUAACUGCCAUGAUUCUGCAAAAUCAGAAUCCUACUGCAGUCACUUAUAAUGCAUUGAUGGAUGGGUACUGUUUACAGGGGCGAAUGGGUGAGGCAAGGAGAGUUUUUGAUAAAAUGGCUGCUAGCGGCCUUAGUCCUGAUGUUCAAAGCCAUAAUAUAUUGAUCCAUGGCUAUAUGAAGAAAAUGAAAGUGGAAGCAGCCAUGAAUCUCUUCCAAGAGAUCCGACAUAAAGGGUUAACACCUGAUGUUGUUACCUAUACCACUGUCCUGCAGGGUUUAUUUAGUGUCGGGAGGUAUCUUACAGCAAUAGAAGCUUUCGACGAGAUGCGAGCUGCUGGCUUAAAACCUAAUUUUCACACUUACUGCGUGUUGUUAAAUGGUUUAUGCAAGAAUUCACAUGCUGAGGAAGCACUUCAAUUUUUGCGCAAGAUGGAAGUUGAUGGAGUAGAUUGUCAGAUAUCAAUGUACAACAUCGUCCUUGAUGGAUUAUGCAAAUGUGGGAAGCUUGACAGCGCCCGGCAUCUUUUCUAUAGUCUCUCUUCUAAAGGAUUGGAUCCUAAUGUUACAACAUAUAACACGAUGAUAAAUAUCCUCUUUUCAGAAGGAUUACUACAGGAAGCCAAAGUGUUUAUUAAGAAAAUGGAAGAAAAUGGUUGCAUUCUAGAUCUAAUUACAUUUAAUAUUAUUGCUCAUGGACUUCUAAAGGCUGGUGAAUUUAAUGAUGCAGUGGUUUAUUUUGAUGAAAUGGAUAGGAGAGGAUUCUCACUUCAUUUGUCUACUUUUUCGUUUUUACUAGAUUCAUACAGAGAUAGUGGAAACGAUCCCUCUAUUUUUAAGAUAAUUGAGAAGUUUGCUCCAAAAAUGUGUAAAGUCUAAAUAUUGUGGAGAGGGGGGCCUUAUCCUUAGUUGGCUCCAUUUGGGAUCUCUUGAUAUUCCGCUGCUUUUUUGACUCGUAAUGCGUAAUCAUCCAAAGGUACAUGAUGUAGAUUUGCUGCUGAUUGUAUUGUCAGUAUCUGUCCUUUUGGUUUUCAAAAAGUUUAUCAACAGUCCUUGGAGGAGCACUCUUUGAGCACAUUCUAGAGAUUUGAAGAUUUAAUACCUGCAGAGUGAUAGGGACGGUGUGUUGAAGCUCUCUUAUUACUAUCAGAUGAAAAGAGUGGCUGCCUGCCUUUUUUAAAUGCUAGUCAUGGCAUCAUGGGAGGAAUUAUUGCUAAUGCAAAGAUUGGAGUUGAACUCAAAUGUCAAAGGAUAAUUACUUGAUGCUGUCACCGAUUAUUAUAGUUUCUGUACAUGAUUAUUGUAGUUUCUGUACAUGCAUACGGAUUUAUAUA